GCAGCACACUUGUAUUAUUGAUAACAAAUAACAAAGACUUGGGUAUUAUAUAAAUACAAACAACUCACUGAGUAUUAAACAUUUUUAAAAACAAAAAAAAAACUAUUGAAAUCCAUCAUAAUAACCAUGUUGCUAUUAUUUUUAUUGACAACAUUCUUUGUCAAUUCUUUGGCUCAAAUUGAAAUGUCUGAAGAUCCAAACUUACAACCCAUGGAAAAUUUCGACACAUCAAAGUUUCUUGGUACUUGGUAUGAAAUUUCAAGAACUCCAAGCCAAUAUGAAAUCGAACAAAAAUGUUCAAUAAUUGUCUACAACUAUUAUGAAAAUUCACCAAUGAUGGUUGCUCUUGCUUCAACAGAUAUAAAAACCGGAGAGUAUAGUAGAUUGCCUGCUUCUUAUACUCAAAAAAAAGAAAAUGUAGCACAAUGGGAUUUUCGUUAUCCAGCUAAUAUAAAAGAUAGCAAUGGUGUUUCAUCAAUUUUGGGUACUGAUUAUGUUAAUUGGGCUGUAAAAGCAUUGCUUCAACCAGCACAUAAUAGAAAAUCUGGCUACGAUUUAAUUAUAUGGAUACUUUCACGAGAAAAGACACUUUCUGAUGAAUAUUAUGAUCAGGCUAUGGAUGUUUUUCAUAAAAAUAAUAUCCCAAAUGCGGAUUUAAUAAAGGUAGAUCAAAGUGAUUGUGAUAUAUCAUAAGUGAUUGCAAUUAUUAAACAACAACCAUUUAUAUUUAUUACAAUAUGGCACUUUAAUCAUUGGAUUAUUGAUCAACUGUAUUAAUUUUUUUUUGUUAAAAUAAAUAUAGUAACGUUCAGUUAACUAAUGCAAAUACUACACUUUGUGUUAAUUAAUUUUUAUCAUACUUUUAACAUGACAGAAUUUAAAUUCACAAAUUUUUCUUAUACAAUAAACACCAUUGAAACUUUUAAAUUUAAUAACAAGUUUAGUUGACAAUUUUUUCUCACGACAUUUGAAUCAUUAAAACUGUAAUUAUAGAACUCUACUGUAACUAGCUACUAAUAAACUGGUUCAACUAGUUCAAUCUUCGAUUGGUUAU